GCGCCGCUACAUCCCUGCGUCCAGCGCUUACGUCCUGCCGCCGUCGCCACCAUGCCCAAGAGAAAGGCUGAGGGGGAUGCUAAAGGAGAUAAAGCCAAGGUGAAGGACGAGCCACAGAGAAGAUCUUCAAGGUUAUCUUCUAAACCUGCUCCUCCAAAGCCAGAGCCCAAGCCUAAAAAGGCCCCAGCAAAGAAGGGAGUGAAGGUACCCAAAGGGAAAAAGGGGAAAGCUGAUGCUAGCAAGGAUGGGAAUAACCCUGCAGAAAACGGAGAUGCCAAAACAGACCAGGCACAGAAAGCUGAAGGUGCUGGAGAUACCAAGUGAAGGGUGUGCAUUUUCGAUAACUGUGUACUUCUGACUUGACUCUCUUAAACCCAGAGACCUGUUGGAACGUGACCCCCAAGACAUGGUUCCCAGUAUGUCAGGCAAUCUGGACUUGACAAAGUGUCACACUGAGAUGGCGUCCCUCAAAAGAGUUCCUUUUUUAGCUCGUGGAUCUUCAGAUGGAUAAUCCUGCCAUUUUCAUUUCAUUUCCUGAAAGUAAGGAUCGGCUUGUGAAAAGUUGUUAAACAACAUGCUAAAUGUGAACUGUCUGCCCUCACUCUAAACUUCCCUGCUCUGAGCAUCACAUGAAGACUGCAUUGGGUUUUAUAGUGGCUUUCUGAUUUUGGUAGUCCAUUGAAGAAGGGAGUUUGAAAGUUGUUGUAUACUGUUAACGAUUGUCUGUCCAUGUCCUGCCUGAAAUAUCAUGAUUGUUUAUGAAA